ACCGUCCUUUUCAUUUCUUUCAUUUCACUUUCCUACUCUGUUUCUUGACUCUUUCCUGUUUUCCCUCCAGCAUCCAUGGCAGACCGACCAUCUCUGUUUCUCAAGAACCCGACCCUGCUUCUCUUGUUACUUUUGCUCCCUGCUGCUGCGGUUACAAGCGGAGCCACCCGUUUGAACUCUUUGGAGUCUGUAAUCCAGAUGCCCACAGAGAAAGAUGAACCAGAAGCUGUUGAUGACCAAGAACUUGGCACGAGAUGGGCUGUUCUUGUGGCUGGCUCUUCUGGGUUUGAUAAUUACAGGCAUCAGGCAGAUGUAUGCCAUGCAUAUCAAUUGCUGAGAAAAGGAGGAUUAACGGAAGAGAACAUAGUGGUGUUCAUGUACGAUGAUAUAGCAAACAAUGGGCUAAAUCCGAGGCAGGGAGUCAUCAUCAACCACCCACAAGGUGAUGAUGUCUAUGCUGGUGUGCCCAAGGAUUAUACAGGUGAGCAUGUUACGACUGCAAAUCUGUAUGCAGUACUUCUGGGUGAGAAGAGUGCCUUGUCUGGUGGAAGUGGAAAGGUUGUGGAUAGCAAACCUAAUGACAGGAUCUUCUUAUACUACACGGAUCAUGGUGGCCCUGGAGUUCUUGGGAUGCCAAAUCUGCCUUAUCUUUAUGCCAUGGAUUUCAUUGAUGUUUUGAAGAAGAAACAUGCAUCCGGAGGCUACAAGGAGAUGGUUAUAUAUGUAGAAGCUUGUGAAAGUGGGAGCAUUUUUGAAGGCAUUAUGCCCAAAGAUCUGAACAUUUAUGUCACCACUGCAUCUAAUGCACAGGAAAAUAGCUGGGGAACUUACUGUCCAGGGAUGGAACCUUCUCCACCUCCAGAAUUUAUCACUUGCUUAGGGGAUUUGUACAGUAUUGCUUGGAUGGAAGACAGUGAGACUCAUAAUCUGAAGAGAGAGACGGUGAAUCAACAGUAUGAAGUUGUUAAGGAUCGGACUUCCAACUUCAAUACUUUCAAUAUGGGAUUUGGAUCCCAUGUGAUGGAAUAUGGGACAACAGAUAUCAAAGCAGAGAAGUUGUAUUUGUACCAAGGUUUUGAUCCUGCGAGCGUCAAUUUGCCUCCAAAUUACUUUCGCACCAGUACCCACAUGGAAGCUGUUAACCAGAGAGAUGCUGAUCUUCUUUUCCUGUGGCAUAUGUACAAGAAUUUAGAAGAUGGGUCAGAAAAGAAGAUGGAAACGCUCAAGCUGAUCACUGAAACUGUGAGGCACAGAAUUCACUUGGACAGCAGCAUUGAUUUGAUUGGGAAACUCUUAUAUGGAGCGACAAAAGGUUCAGCUGCUCUUAAUCAUGUCAGGGCACCUGGUUUGCCCCUUGUUGAUGACUGGGAGUGCUUGAAACAUACGGUUCGUGUGUUUGAGACACAAUGUGGAUCACUAACUCAAUAUGGCAUGAAGCACAUGCGUGCAUUUGCCAACAUUUGCAAUAGUGGAGUUUCCCAGGCUUUAGUAGAGGAAGCUUGUAUGGCAGCUUGCACUGGCCUUGAAACGAGGCAAUGGCAUCCCUCAAACCGAGGUUACAGCGCCUGAUUGGGGACAUUGCAGCAGAUGAAAAGAUGUACAAAAUUAGUGGUUGCAAAACUGUCAAACAUUAUAUACAAAAAGCAGGUGAAAUUAAUGGUACCUUCUGCAGAUAUGUGAAGACUGAAUAGUACUGUGUUCUCGUCUGCAACUCUGGGCAAUGUAAAAAAGCGUGUCUAAAUGGAUUGGAUCUCUUAGUCAUUGGUACAAAUUGGGAUCCGGGUGUUAAAGGUUAUGGGCUGCUUUCCUUUCUCUUUGUAGGCCCAAACUGCAAGAUCUGUACAGUGCGUGCAUGUAUAAUGUUGGGUUUUAACUGUUCCUCACAUGGUUUUUUUUUUUU